GGUUGUAUUAUUUAUUUAUUUAUUUUUAGACAUGAAACCCUCAAGCCAUACCAGUAAAUUGCAGUAAUGCAAAUCUUCAGUUUUCUUGCCAACCGUCAAAGAACACCAAAAGAAGAAAAGAAAACGAAGAAGAAGAAGGCGUUCCGGCGAGAUUAUUGUUGACCACACUCCAGUCUGGUAGGUGGCGGUAAAUGCACCUGAAGUUGGUUGCCAUCCGCCAAUUAAAAAACAGAAAAAGAAAAAAAAAAAAAAAAAAAAAAAAAGGAGGCGUUCCGGCUGGAGGAGAUUCUACUGUUGUGGCGGAGCUCCAGAAGCCAGCAGAACCUUCCGCUGGCUGCCGGUCCAUUUCUGGAGCGAUGGAGAACGGUGGUUUCAGCACCAGACGGAGGGAAAUGGCGGCCGUGCCCGACAAAGUCGACAUGUCCUUAGAUGACAUAAUUCGCCUAAAUAAAAAAGAGAAGCAGUUGAUAAGAAGACAAGCUAAUGGGAGUCGCAGGACGUUCAAGAAGAAAGGCCUCUUGAGUCAAAGCAGGAGCGGAGCAGCAGCACAGAGAGGAGGUGGCGCACCGCGAGGAGGAGCGGCUGUGCUAAGAAACAGGAGGGUUCCUCCUCUGGUGGGUCGGCGACGAGGUCAGGGGGUCAUCACCGGGCUGGCGGCCAGGAGGCCCGCAGUCCUGCUGAAACGAGCCGGAGUGCUGAACCGAUCAGCAGCCAGCCAGAAAGCGCGUCCGCGGACGAGGCCCUUCACUCAGCGCUCGGAGGCCCAGUACAGGAGGCCGAGGGGGCCGUACCGGCAGCCCGAUCAACAGCGAGGCCAGAACUCGGCCGCGUUGUUGUCGUUUAGGCGACCGUUCCAGCUACGACGACGAGCUCCGCCGCCGGUCCAGCAGACGCAGAGGGAGGCUCGCCAGGCCACCUUCCUUUUCCGCAGAGGGCUCAAGGUUCAAGCCCAAAUUCAGAAGGCAAACCUUCACACUCCUCCGGUCAGAACACGACAGUGGCGCACGCCUACAGCCGGCAGUGGAAUUCUGACCGUUUCUAUUGACAACCCGACAGCCAGAACUCAACCAGAGCCCCCUACUGCCUGGACACUGCACCCGACGCCCGUCGUCUUGGCUCCGGUUAAGGUGGAGACGGAGGAGAAGAAGGUCCCUAAAGGAGUCCCUCUGCAGUUUGACAUCAACAGUGUUGGGAAGCCGCAAACGUCGAUGACUCUGAACGAGCGAUUCCGCAUCCUCAAAGAUCGGCGCGUCGCCACGGCGCAGAGCAGCCGGGGCAGCAGGUUUGUUACCGUGGGUUAGCCUGACGUGAAGAGAGAUGACGCCCCAAAGACCCGCCGUCCAGCUCUGACUCCGCCCCAACGAUGGGACACGUGCCGAGUCGCUGUGAUGCCACUGAGAGGGAAGCCUGAAUGGGACAAAUAAGCAGGAUUCACACGGCUGCUCCGUCAACCGGAGCCGUUGGGAAAAGCUUCCAUUUUCUCCUUGAUGUCGGUGUAUUCAACUUUUUGUGUCGUGACAACUCCACGCAGGGGAACGUUUGAAUUUGUUUUUUCUCUCCCUGUUAUGACUCAGAACUGUUAACACUACGAACACUUUUUAAAAAGCAUUUUGUUUUCAGAGACGACGCAUUUGCUAGCAUGGCGUGUCGGGAAAGAACGUUUGUUCUGCCAUAAGUUUUGUAAGUUCUUUAAAUAAAAGAUUGUCUAAAUACUGA